AUGGGUGGUCCCCUUCAAAGCAUUUUCUUGCAAGGGCCUAUCGCGAAAGAACUCAAGCCAAUACUUUUUAACGUAGUAGAUCCUAGGAAACAUACGUACGAGAUAUUUAGAGCCGCAAGGGUAUCCGGUAAAAGGAGGACGGUUCCUAAUCUUUUGAUCGGCAAAGGGUUCGAUGCAUUGAUUUUCGCCUAUGAACGAGUCAAUCAGCUAGAUCUACUUGCGGCAAACGGCACCUUCCUUUCCGUACGUAAGGCAAUGGUUGUUAUUGAAGUUCAGAUCAGGGAAUACCCUAGGUUUCGGCUUUUUCCACGGUUCCGUAACGGUAGGUUUCGGCUCCUCGCUACAUCCCUUCUGCUCCUACUAAGGAUAAGGACGCUGCUGAACCGAUAG